AUGACUCAACUUACCGAUGGUCAGCUCAAUGCGAUUAGCAUUAUGGAGCGAACCUGCUCUGCCAUCUCCCUUCUUGGUUGCAUCUUCACAAUCGUUACAUUUGUUUGUUUACGCGCCUUCCGAGAGAAACCUGUCAACAGGCUCGUAUUCUACGCAUCCCUCGGCAACAUGGGAAGCAACAUUGGCACCCUAAUGUCCCGUUCAUUUCUCGACGACAUCGACUCAUUUGGGUGCCAAUUUCAAGCCAUGUUGGUUCAAUGGUUCAUGGCCGCGGAUGUGGGGUGGAUAAUUGCUAUGGCUGUCAACGUCUAUCUAACGGUGUACCGAAAGUUUGACAUAAAACGGCUGCACAAGAUGGAGCUAAUCUAUCUCCCAGCUUGCUACGGCAUUCCAUUUAUACCAGCGUUCACAUACCUAUUCGUUAGGCACAACGGACAAAGGGUGUAUGGAGACGCGAUACUAUGGUGCUGGAUCUCCAGCGACCUUGAGGCUCUGCGCAUUGCGACUUUCUACGCCCCUGUUUGGGCUAUGAUCCUUGUAACAUUCACAAUCUAUAUUAGUGCCGCUCGCACAAUCUUCAAGAUCCGCAAACAAGUCCACGAGCUAAAUUCCGAUUACGACCUAAACUCGUUCACUAGUGCCGAGGUUACCACAGUGAAUGAAACCGGGACUUCGACAUUGACAGGCGGCGGUGUAGUGUGGACUCAUACUCGCCUUGUUUACCAACAGACGACGACCGUUCGACUUCCUCAACGUGGGUCACAGAAUGCUGUUCAACCGGGCUUUGUUCACCGUCGUCGAAGCUACGAGCAUAAAAAUGCCGCGUGGUCUUAUACCAAGUGCGCCUUGCUCUACUUUACAGCCAUCCUCAUCACCUGGAUUCCUGCCAGUGCCAAUCGGGUCUUCUCGCUGGUUCACAAUGGCGAGGCUUAUGCUCCGGUGGCUUAUAUGAGUGCCAUUGUGCUGCCUCUGCAGGGGUUUUGGAACUGGAUCAUAUACGUUGUGAUGUCAUGGACUGCGUGUAAGAAGUUGGCCCAAGAUAUCAAGGCUAAAAGCUUCGCCAUGUGGGCGAGAGCUUCAAGUACGAGCGGCCCAAAUCGAAACACGCAACCUCACCAGUAG